UCCCUUUCUUUCUCUUACCCUUCUCCUUUUCCCUCUGUCGCUUUUGCCAAAUCUCGCUAUGCUUCUCUUCUAACCUCUCACCCUCGCUCUCUUUCUCUCUAGGGUUUCGUUCUCAUUCUAGAUUCCCACAUAGAAACUGUUUCUGCGUUAUUUGAUUCUUCUCCCAACCUUUCCUUGAUCCGGAUUAAGAUUCCUGGCACGUUUUUGAACCGAUCCACUUCAUAUCGGAUCCGAAUUCGAACAUUCAACAUCUGAUUCCGCAAUUCUCUCCGAAUUUUGCUUUGAAUUUGCUUUUCGAAUAGAUGAUUACAGUUCCUUAGACAGUUCAAUUAUUAAAAAAAGGUACAUCAUUUAGAUGGUAUGCCGCAGUUGUGUAAGGUCUUUGGUUGUUCAAGCUGGAACCUUCGCCAACAGAGUGAGAAUCAACGGAUUUGGGAGGAGUUUGCAGGCAGUUCAGAGUUUUUCUCAUUGGCCAAUUCGUGAAUACAAGACAACCACAAGGAUGAUGGUUGAUACGGGUUCUAUGUCAAGGGCUGGACCCCUUGUUGAUACGAUGCCAGAGAAAGAUGAUGAUGGUCGGUUUGCCAGUGGAGGGUGGAAAAGUGACGAUGGAAGACUUAGCUGUGGGUAUUCAAGUUUUAGGGGAAAGAGAGUGACAAUGGAGGAUUUUUAUGAUAUUAAGACAUUGAAGAUUGGUGGCCAAUCAAUAUGCUUAUUUGGAAUAUUUGAUGGUCACGGUGGUUCUCGUGCUGCUGAGUAUUUAAAGGAGCAUCUUUUUGAUAAUCUCUUGAAGCAUCCAAAAUUUUUGACAGAUGCCAAAUUGGCUAUAAGUGAAACAUAUCAACAGACUGAUGCUAAUUUUCUGGAUUCUGAAAAGGACACCUUCAGGGAUGAUGGAUCUACAGCUUCGACAGCAGUUUUGGUUGAUAACCAUCUUUAUGUAGCAAAUGUUGGAGAUUCUAGGACUAUAAUAUCAAAAGCUGGUAAAGCAAAUGCUCUCUCUGAGGAUCAUAAACCAAAUAGAAGUGAUGAGCGGAAGAGAAUCGAGAAUGCUGGUGGUGUUGUCAUGUGGGCAGGUACUUGGAGGGUUGGAGGGGUGCUAGCAAUGUCUCGUGCCUUUGGUAACCGUAUGCUGAAGCAGUUUGUAGUAGCAGAACCUGAGAUCCAGGACCAGGAGAUAGAUGAACAAAUUGAACUGAUUAUUCUUGCAAGUGAUGGACUCUGGGAUGUAGUACAGAAUGAUGAUGCUGUUUCUCUUGCCCGCACGGAAGAGGAGCCUGAGGCAGCUGCACGAAAGUUAACAGAAGCAGCAUUUUCUCGUGGGAGUGCAGAUAACAUUACAUGCAUUGUGGUGCAAUUCCACCAUGAGAAAGCAGAACUAGCUAAUCCUGACAAAGCAGAAGCAGCUAGUGCUCAGCAUGAGUAGAUGAUGUGAAAGCACAAAAUGCAUGUGUUGGUUAUAUUCGCGUCAAAUUGAAUGAAUUGAGGUCAGCAUAUGCAUGAUGGCUCACUCUGCAUGUCAAGGCAAUUUGUUUAUUCAUUAGUUUUCUUAUGUAAGUCACUCUUGUUCUUGUAUUGGGAUUUUUGCAUCGUGUUCUUCUGAUGAUUUCAGCGUGUGUCCGUAUAUAUUUCAAGUUUUCCUGUUUGUAGAGAAAUCAAGUUGGUAUUUUUGUUCUGAUCUAAUAAAUGCAAUAUGCAUUUUUUUUUAUCA